CCUUCACAAGAGUCCCAUCUGCAACUCCACAAUCAUCCACCCCAACCCCCUUCAGUUCUGCUCUCUCUCUCUCUUUCUCUCUCUCACCCAUACCCGAAAUAGAUUUUUUGUUGCAUAACGAUUAGCUGUUCACAAACUAUUGCUGUGACAUCUUCCUCAGAAUCCCCACAUCCCUCUCUCCCUCUCUCUCUCUCUCUCUCUCUCUCGGCUUUCUCAAUUCAAUUGCAGAGAAUUCGUUCGGUUUUGUCUGGUUUCGAUCGAUUUGAGCAAACAUGGGUCUGUUUCUCUCCCGGAACCUCGCGAAUCUCCUCAUCUCUUUCUCCUCCAAGAGGGCCAAGCUCGCCGGGGCGGUAUUCCCCGUCCAAAUCGAAGAGAUGGUCUCCCUCGUCUCCCGCACCGGCCGGCAUUUGCAGCGCUAUGACAAGGGCUGUCGGCAGGUCGUCGGAUGCAUACCUUACAGAUAUAGAAAGGGCGGUGGAGAAUUAGAAGUUCUUCUGGUCAGUUCACAGAAGGGGAAGGCCAUGAUGUUCCCAAAGGGCGGUUGGGAAAUCGAUGAGUCUAUGGAAGAGGCGGCCCUACGGGAGACGAUAGAGGAAGCUGGUGUAAAGGGCAAAGUCGAAAAGAAGUUGGGUCAAUGGCGGUACAAGAGCAAAAGUCAAGGGACAUACCACGAUGGGUAUAUGUUCCCUUUGCUAGUGAAGGAGCAACUCGAGUGUUGGCCCGAGAAAAAUGUCCGGCAAAGACGAUGGGUUUCCGCGUCCGAAGCUAAAGACAUUUGCCAGCACGGUUGGAUGAAGGAAGCGUUAGACAUGUUAGUUUCUAGAGUAACGCAGCAGCAACAGAGAGGGGAAGUGCUCGAGAAGCCUCGAGCAUAGUAAAAAGACACGACGACAUCCCGGAGCAGUUAUUAGGCAAUCUUAGGCGCGAUACCCCGGUCCUGGUGGGUCCCACAGACGAACACGGGCGUACUCUAUAAGUAUAUAUAUUUAUUCAAUGAAUUCCGGCCUAGAAAACAGAAGAAGUUGAGACUUGAGAUUGUGAUUGUCCAACCGUUUCGACUUGCCUUAGGGUUAGUUUGAGAACAGAUCCCCAUGAAAUGUGGAUCGAGGUUACCAGUUUAAACCAGAAAAUGCCCUGUACAUGUAAAGAAUCAUUUGGUUCAUUCUUUAAUUCAUUGGAUCGAUUUGUUUAUUUUGUUC